AUGAAACCAUCGGACGUCACGGUUGCAAACGAGAAGCAAUUAUUGCGUCAAGCGUACGGAGGGCUUCGAGCGAUACCUAUCAAACCGACAAAGUUCAGAACUGGCGACAAAGUCCGAAUCAGCAAAUUCAAAAACGUCUUCGAGAAAGGUUAUACUCCCAAUUGGACGACUGAAAUAUUCACAAUAAGCCGAGUGGAAAAUACUCAUCCUCUCACGUACAAGCUCAAAGACUAUCAAAAUCAACCCAUCGCGUGCGGUUUCUACGAACAGGAGCUCCUCAAGGUUGAACAUCCGGACAUCUAUCUCGUGGAAAAGGUUCUCAAAAAGCGUGGAAAGAAAUUAUAUGUUAAAUGGUUAGGUUUUGACAGUACACACAACAGUUGGAUAAAUGAAUCUGACGUGUAA